UCCCACCUAAUAUCCCUCCAUCUCCAACUCAACCCCUCUUCACUACUCUUCAUUCACACCCCACUUUCCCAUUUUCCUUUCUCUCCUCAUCUCUCUCUUAGAAUACUCAAAAAAUGCCUCCAAUCUUGCCGGACUUCUCCAACUCCGUGAAGCUCAAGUAUGUGAAACUUGGUUACCAAUACCUUGUCAACCACAUUAUCUACCUCACUCUCAUCCCCGUUAUGCUUGGCAUUCUCAUUGAGGUUCUUCGUUUAGGUCCCGACGAGAUUCUAAAGCUUUGGAAAUCUCUCCACUUUGAUUUGGUUCAAAUCCUAUGUUCCUCUUUCCUCAUCAUCUUCAUCGCCACUGUCUACUUCAUGUCCAAGCCCCGUACUGUCUUUCUAGUGGACUACGCCUGCUACAAACCUCCGGUCACGUGCCGAGUUCCGUUCUCGACUUUCAUGGAACAUUCCAGGCUCAUCCUGAGCAACAACCCUAAGAGCGUCGAGUUCCAGAUGAGAAUUCUCGAAAGGUCGGGCCUUGGUGAAGAGACAUGUUUGCCUCCGGCUAUCCAUUACAUCCCGCCGACUCCGACUAUGGAAGCGGCGAGAGGCGAAGCCGAGUUGGUUAUUUUCUCGGCGAUGGAUUCUCUGUUCAAGAAGACAGGGCUUAAACCUAAAGACAUUGACAUCCUCAUCGUGAAUUGUAGUCUUUUUUCGCCAACGCCGUCUUUGUCGGCGAUGGUGAUUAACAAAUACAAGCUUCGAAGCAACAUAAAGAGCUUCAAUCUCUCAGGGAUGGGUUGCAGUGCGGGCCUCAUUUCCAUCGAUUUAGCUCGCGACCUUCUUCAGGUGCAUCCUAAUUCUAAUGCCGUGGUGGUGAGCACAGAGAUCAUCACCCCAAACUAUUACCAAGGAAAUGAAAGAGCUAUGCUCCUCCCUAACUGCCUGUUCCGAAUGGGCGGCGCCGCCAUCCUCAUCUCGAACAGGAGGUCCGAACGCCGCCGAGCCAAGUACCGGCUGGUCCACGUGGUUCGAACGCACAAAGGAGCUGAUGACAAAGCCUAUAGAUGUGUGUUCGAGGAAGAGGAUAAAGACGGCAAAGUUGGAAUCUCGCUUUCCAAAGAUCUCAUGGCGAUUGCCGGAGAAGCUUUGAAAUCGAACAUAACUACAAUUGGACCCCUUGUUCUUCCCGCAUCCGAACAGCUUCUGUUCCUUCUGACUUUGAUCGGAAGGAAGAUCUUCAACCCCAAAUGGAAGCCUUAUAUUCCGGACUUCAAGCAGGCUUUCGAGCAUUUCUGUAUUCAUGCCGGUGGGCGGGCUGUGAUCGAUGAGUUGCAGAAGAACUUGCAGCUUUCAGCGGAGCACUGUGAGGCGUCGAGGAUGACGCUGCAUAGGUUUGGGAAUACGUCGUCGUCUUCGCUGUGGUAUGAGAUGAAUUAUAUAGAGUCCAAAGGGAGGAUGAAGAAAGGUGAUAGGAUAUGGCAGAUAGCGUUUGGGAGUGGGUUCAAAUGUAACAGUGCGGUUUGGAAGUGCAAUCGGAGCAUUAAGACGCCGGUUGAUGGGCCAUGGGCUGAUUGCAUUGAUAGGUACCCAGUUCAUAUUCCUGAAGUGGUCAAGCUCUAGGUGCUUGCAAACAAUUUGAAAAAAAAAAAAAAAAAAAAAAAAAAACUCAAAAAAGUGUUUGAUUGGUGGUGGUAGCAAGUUCCCAUCUUUGAUUUCAGUUAUUUGCUAAAAUCAAGUUUCUCUCUCUGGAUUUGCAUUUACUAUUUUUUUUUUUUUUUAUCUGUCACACUGUAUCCCUAUCUUUUUUCCUUUUUUUUUUGGUUAUUAUUUUUAUUUUGUUUUCAUAAGGUAAAAAAAGAAGUUCUGUUGCUUAUCAAGUAGAAAUACAUACUCAAAUAUGGUCUCUUUAUUAAAUGUAUUCAUGUGUCUUUCGUUCAAGAAAAAAAAUGCAUAUCAGACUUAUUUA